GUCCCCUAUCUGGCGAAUCAAUAGCGAAUUCCCUUGAGGAACAAUCUGAGGCUUGGGGUACAGUGGCAUCAAAGGCAACAAAAGUCACGUGCCAAGCGUCGCACGAAUCCCGACUGUGGACGCCACCUGGCGAAGCGGGUCAGCCAGAGCCUCUUCAUCUACAAGUCACAUCAGCCAACGAGCAAACACUUCAACAACAGGCCCGAGAGGCGCUCGCGGCUUUUCCAGGCUAUCAAGACCCACGCGAGAGUUCUGUGGUUCCGGCUACUGAAGAAAGCCGGCCUCACGCAAUUGACGAGGGAGAAAUCCCGUCACAUCAGCCUCAAAGUCACGACAGCCUGAGCGAUAGAUCUUGGCAGUCGCGAUUGCGCGACAUCGAUAGUCAGGAACGCAGUACACAUCGUCACGCUUUUUUAAACACGGUUCUGAACCGCGCUGGCCGGUGUAGGAGCUCUGGCACGUCUCGUUCUGCAUCGCCCGAGUUCUCUACAAUGGCGCCGAGCGGUCAAGAAGACCCCGAGGCACAGGGUCCGAUAGCUCCCUGGGGCAAUGAUACAACCCUUCAGGGCGAGGCUCAGGCACAUCCUGAGCCUCAACUUCUGCCAGAGCAUUUCAACGCAACGAUGGCGACCAGUCCUACCAUGUCGACCGUCACCCCUGCUGAAGUGAGCACCUUGGGAGUACAGUCGUCCACCACACUUCCGCUACUGCCAGGCCACUCAAUGCCGUCAUCUGGCUCGCAGGCAUUGUCGUCAAAUUCAAUACCCUUGGGCCAAACACCCCUGUCACUCUCAACGUCGCAGGCGGCAUCACAUAAGCCGUCCGCUACGAACUACCACAUUAUCACGAUUCCUUUCCAUAAUAGCACCCGGGCACUAUAUUUUGCCACGAUGCGAUCCUAUAUGAGCACAUUUGAGAAAUUCAACACGACUUACAGCGCGGAAGAUUAUUCCACACCAGAUGAGCAGUUACAGAGCGAGAUCGAAGAAGCACUGACAGACCUGGUCUAUACCUGCGACUAUGGCGGCGAGUCCCUCGAGAUCAUGCCUGACACAGACAUCGAGAAGCAGAUGCGGCACGUCGUGGAGAAGGUUUCCAAAGUCCAGUUCCUGCACGAGUUGCUACCCGCGCUUGGGCCAAUCAAUGUGCUCAUCGUCGUUGGCUCCGAUAACUUAACACGGCUGAUGAUACACCUUAUCUCACGCAUUCACAAAUUGCCGUGGUCUUGUCCCGAGAACCCUGCAGCUCAAUGCGAUCCACGGCUAUUCACUGAUGCACUGCAAGCUCCACGGAUCACUAUUGCUACGUCGAGGCAUGCUGAUGCGGGCGAUUUCGAUCUUAUCAUCGCAUACGAUAGGUCGUUCGAUGGAUCGGCCAUGGCCUCGAGUAUGGCAGCUGCCUCCGUAACCCAGUUAACCCCCACCGUUCUGAGACUCGUGACGACACUCUCGGUUGAGCAUCUUGAACUCGCAAUCGCCGGAGAGUCCGGCUCUGACCAGGGACCUAUGGAGAAUUUGGAAAAGACAAUGAGACUCGUUUGGGCCCUUGUCCACACCCAGCCACUGCUUGACGGAACUCCAGAACCAGGGGAACCUAGUAUACCAGACCAGGCUGAACCGCACCGCAUUGCAAAGAUCUUUGCUGCGUACCUCAACGGCCAAGUGACCGAUCUCGACUACGAACCCGUGCAGGUGCCGACGCAUAUUCUGCAAGCUUUCUUGACACAAUCAUCUCCGGCUGCGUCAUUGAAUGAGGUAGCUGAAGACCACGCUGUUACAGACCUCAAGCGCAAGCUAGAAGACGACGCGGACGAUCCCGAGGUCCCUGGUAAGCGAAUGCGCCGCUACUCGUGUAUUCAGCCCCUCUUUCCGACCGACACUAUACCUGUGCCGUCAGAUGUCCGAAAUCUGCUCAAGUCGGCUGGUCUGCGCGGCCCCCUCCAAGCCACCGGCGAGGACCAAGUGGGCAUGCCCAUCGCCAUCUUACGAGCGUUAGCAGCUCAGCUUGCCGAAGCACAACGGCGCUCCCCGCAAGAGACCACCUUGGAGCUUGCGGAACAAGCGCAUCUCAAGAAACUGGAUGAGUUAUACAAAACACAUGAGGCGGAUUAUACCAAAUUCGAGGAGGCGCAGCGUGCCCACCUACGGGACCGCGAUCAUUUUGAGAGCGCAGCCCGUGAUUUGCAGAAGAAGUUGAAUACCGAGGCCGCGCAGUCUCUCAAGCGCCAGGAGAAGGAUGCUGCCGAGAUCACCCAGCUUGCAGCGAAAGUUGCUCGACUGACUGCGGAAGGUGGUGAUCCCCUCGUGCGGUCAGAGAACCUUGUCAAGGAAGCCCAAGGAAAGAUCAAGGUGUUGGAAAAGCAGAUUGAUCAGGCAAAGGCGGACAGGGGAUUUGCAUUUGAGCAGUAUCAGGCGGCAUCUUCGACUGCGGAAGAACUCCGCGACGAAGUCAAAAAGCUGGCCGAAGCUAACAAGGACCUACAGCGCAGAGCCGAUGCCAACGUUGUCGAGAUUCAUCGCAUGAAUAAGGAUGGCAUCGUCAAGCGGCUGGAGAACCUGCUGUCGGCGGAGCAAAUCGCAAUGAGGGAAAUGAUCCAGGAGAAUCAUGCACUCCGUGAGCAAAUACGGCAGCUCAAGAUGGCAAGAAGAGACACGAGACACUCCAGCGUGCCGCGUAGUCCGCGCACGGGCAUCAUGAGUCCACGACCUCAACGACCAGCCGGACCAAGCUCCGUUAGCAGGGGAGCCAGCCCUGCGCCGGUGAUGGGUUCGCUUGCCGACAUUUACAACGGCGGCAAUGGGGCAUUCUCGAGGACGCCAGGAGCCCAAUUCACGUCGACGAGUAACGGCGCCGGAGACCGCUCUUGAUCAUUUUUGGGGCGUUCCAUUGGGUGGUGGGCUUGUUCUUUUUAUAUCUCAGGCCAGAGCCUUUGAUUUUCUGGUUUCGCAUGGCAUUGUAUUUAAAAUACCCAGCAUUAUAGGCAUUUCGCGGAUGGUUAUCGAUGCGACUGAGCAUCAGGGCAAUCACAUCGAUUCUUAAAAGUCCCUUGUCUUCAUCGUCAGGCAUUACCACUCAGAGUGCAUUUGAUGUAACAAAGUAAAUUUGAUCCGCCGC